CUGCUCGGUGUCGCCUUGCUGGAGCAGCUGGUUAUUUACCAGGUCGGCGUCAUCCCCAGCCAGUACUAUGAGGUCCUAGGGAACAAAGAUUUCUCCGGGUUCAAAACAUUGACUGCUGUUGCCGUGACUCUGAUCAUAGUGAACUCCACGCUAAAAAGCUUCGACCAGUUUAUCUGCAACAUGAUGUACGUGAACUGGAGGAAGUCCCUCACUGAAUACCUGCACAGCUGCUACUUCCAAGGCCAGGUCUACUACAGCCUGCAUGUGCUGCGUGAGGACAUCGAUAAUCCGGACCAGCGCAUCAGCCAGGAUGUGGAGAGGUUCUGCAGGCAGCUCAGCUCCAUGGCCAGCAAACUCGUCAUCUCACCUUUCACGCUGGCCUACUACACACACCAGUGCUUUCACAGCACAGGCUGGCUAGGCCCAGUGAGCAUCUUUGGAUAUUUUGUCAUUGGGACGAUUGCAAACAAACUAUUGAUGAGCCCAAUUGUGUCUAAACUUGUGCAACAGGAAAAACUGGAGGGCGAUUUCAGGUUCAAGCACAUGCAGAUUCGUGUCAAUGCAGAACCAGCUGCUUUCUACAGGGCUGGGCGAGUGGAGCACAUGCGCACAGACCGGAGGCUGCAGAGCCUGCUGCAGACCCAGAGAGAGCUGAUAGGCAAGGAGCUGUGGCUAUGCAUUGGGAUCAACACCUUUGACUAUCUGGGUAGCAUCCUGAGCUACGUGGUCAUUGCCAUUCCCAUUUUUUCUGGGGUCUACAGUGACCUGAGUCCAACAGAGCUCAGUGCCCUCGUCAGCAAGAAUGCUUUUGUUUCCAUCUACCUCAUUGGCUGCUUCAGCCAGCUCAUAGAUCUCUCCAGCACUGUGACCGAUGUAGCUGGCUACACACACAGGAUUGGUGAACUGCAGGAGACCUUGCUGAGCCUUGGCAGAAAAAAAAAUGGUAACUACUCAGAAGCCAAAACGAGCUGGGAUUUGGACGGCAGCCAUUUUGGGGAGGACCCAGUGCCAAGGGACACAGCUUUCCUUCUGGACCAAGUGACGCUUUCGGUGCCGUCCUCUGGCAAGCUGCUCAUCAAGGACUUGAGCCUCAGGAUCUCACAAGGAAACAGUGUGAUGAUUGUGGGAAACACUGGUACAGGGAAGACAUCUCUCCUGAGGGUCCUUGGAGGACUCUGGGAGAGCACACGGGGGAGCAUCAAGAUGCUGACCUGCUUUGGCCCCCGGGGAGUGGUAUUCCUACCACAGCGGCCCUUCUUCACCGACGGAAGCCUGCGUGAGCAGGUGAUCUAUCCCCUGAAGGAGAUCUAUCCAGUUUCAGGGUCUGCAGAUGAUGAAAGAAUUGUGCGAUUCCUGGAGCUGGCUGGGCUGACUGAUUUGCUGGCAAGGGCUGGAGGACUGGAUGAGCAGGUGGACUGGAACUGGUAUGACAUCCUGUCUCCAGGGGAGAUGCAGAGACUCUCAUUUGCACGGCUCUUCUACCUCCAGCCAAAAUAUGCGGUGCUAGAUGAAGCCACUAGUGCCUUGACAGAAGAGGUGGAGCAUGAACUGUAUCGUCUGUGUCUUCAGCUGGGCAUGACGCUGAUCAGCGUGGGACACAGACCCAGCCUGGAAAAGGUGAGGCAGGGAGACAGCAUUCCAUGCCUCCCUGGUGGUGGCAAGAUAGAGGAGAUAGAGAGGGUCUCCGGCGAGCAGAGGGGAGUGACUAAGGCUGGAGUACGUCACUGUGGGAGGACAUGCCCUUGUGAGACAUCCUUCAACAUUGUGUUAUUGAAUUACAGUUCCACAGCUGGAUUUUGAAACUUCAUGGAGAGGGAAGAUGGGAGCUCACUCGAUGCGAGAAGAUGAAGCGGCUCCCUGCUGGGGAAGGACACUGAAAAACAUGCCCUUGUCUGGCCAGAUGCAGAACCUGCACAUCUGG